GUUGAAUUCAAGCGGCUGUGGAGGUCGCGUCAAUCGAAUUCAGGCGUCGAAUGUUUACAAACAGAAAAGUACAAAACGUGUUUUUUUCGGCGUCGUCUUCGCGGAAAUGAUACAAGUCGACGCGCGUUCCGAUCGAGAGCACCGUUAAAAGGCUGGCUUAAGAUUGAUUUGCCCUAUUUUGGCGAAGAUUUCCAACGAUUUACAUCCGAGUGAUCAUGUGUUUGUGUUGAUUUUUCGGCCCUUUCGAUUUUCCUAACUGAUUUUGUUUUGCUGAAUUUUCGUACGGACGAGUUAGCGCUGUGUUACAGAGUUAUCUAACAAUGGACGACCCGGAAAUACAAGAAACCGUUGAAGCCAUACUGGGGCCGGGCGUCAAAGUGGUAGACUGCGAAAAGAAAUCGAGCAUAAAAGAAGAAGAGGUGCUCUACAUCAACGGCAUCCCCGUAACACUCGAAGGAAGCGACGGAUUAGCCAUAAAACAGGCUCUGGUUACCGGUCAAGUGCCUCCUUGCGACCUACUCAAUACCCUGCUAAUUAAAACCGGGAUUUUAAAGGCCCCUGUGAAGUUGGAUACGUCUUUGAGCGUCAAAUCCACGACCGUCACAAAGGAGGAAGUUAAGGUGUCCCGAGCGGGAAAAGUCGUCGACGAGCGAAGCAGGGAAAUCAAAGAGCAGAAUUUUUAUUCGACCGCCCUGACGGAGGUGUUCGAGCCGAUAAAAGUGAUACCGACGUCGGAGCUGUUAAACGGCGCGUACCAGAACGUUCAGUACGCGGAGAACCACGCCAAGUACUACGACAACAAUGGUUACGAGACGGGCAGCGAGAGGAAGUUCGGUUCUUGUUCCAGCGCGUCCAGCUACGAGUCGGAGGAGCCCCCGCAGGCCUACCAGCCUAAGCAGUGCUUGAGCAAGGAUUCGGGGCAUUUGAGCAGCUCGAUGUCGGCGACGAAGGUCGAUUUUACGCAGAGCUCGAUCGAUUCGCUGAGCUCUUUGGACGAGACGGAUUAUAUCACUGAUCAGUUUAAAAAGUGCGCUUUAAACAAAAACAGAAUUAAUGGUUAUUUGAAUGAUUAUAAACAUGAUAAUAUACUGCCUACGAUAUUCGGUACUGUAGCGUCAGAUCUCACACCUAAAGAUUGUUCCAACAGAAGGAGUUUGCCGCAAACGCCACAAACGAAGAGUUUUUCGAAUAUUUUUAACGGCGAAGCCAGCCAAGAAGGUUCGGCGGACUCGAAUUCGCAACAGGAUAAUGCGCUGGUUUAUCGAGAUGGAAAUUUGAUCUCCGGUCCGUUGGAGGCGCUAAUCCAGCACAUGGUGCCGACCGAUCAGUAUUACCCGGACAGAGCGUACCUUUUCGCUUUUCUCUUGUCCUCGAGGCUGUUCAUAAAGCCGCACGACCUCUUGGCCAAGGUGCGGACGCUGUGCGAAACCCAACAGGGUCUCGGCGGCAAACCCGCAGGAACGGCCUCGCAGGCACGCUUCGUCGAGCACUUGGUGCAAUUGCUGGCCGAAUGGACGGAAACUUUCCCUUACGAUUUUAGGGACGAAAGAAUGAUGGAACACGUCCGAAAAAUAACUCAACAGUGUUGUGCCAUUAACUCGAGCUUUCGAGCGAACGUGUCCGCCCUCCUGCACAAUUUGCAUCCCAGACUGACGGCUCUCGAGGCUUACGAGAAAUCCAUCGAGAACCAGUGUUCGAUGGUCGAUGAGAAUUUCACCGAUAUUUCGGAGAUUUGCCCGAAUCCCGCCCUGUUGGCCCAGCAAUUGACCCACGUGGAAUUGGAAAGGCUCUCUUUCAUCGGUCCAGAGGAGUUCGUCCAGGCGUUCGCCAAGGAGAAUCCUAAUUUAGAAACGUCCUUCAAAGACAUGAAAAAAACGCACAAUUUGGAGCAGUACGUCCAAUGGUUUAAUAGACUGAGUUAUUUCGUUGCCACACAAGUUUGUAAAUAUCAGAAGAAGAAAAUGAGAGUUCGCGUUGUGGAAUACUGGAUAGAGACUGGCCGAGAGUGCUUUAACAUCGGCAAUUUCAACAGUCUGAUGGCCAUCAUCGCUGGACUAAAUAUGUCGCCGAUUUCAAGAUUAAAAAAGACAUGGAGUAAAAUUCAUUCGGGAAAAUUCGCCAUUUUGGAGCACCAAAUGGACCCCAGCAGCAAUUUCAGCAGUUAUAGAAGCACUUUAAAAGCGGCUAUGUGGAGAAGCGAAGGGGCUACAGAUCAACGGCAACGCAUCGUUAUUCCCUUCUUUAGUUUACUCGUGAAGGACUUGUAUUUCCUCAACCAAGGAUGUUCGAACAAGUUACCAAAUGGCCAUAUAAACUUCGACAAAUUUUGGCAAUUGGCUAAACAAGUUACGGAAUUCAUGGCUUGGAAGCAAGUGACGUGCCCUUUCGAUAAGGACCCGAAAAUUAUCAAUUUAUUGCAGCACGGUCCGAUUUUGAACGAGAACGCUCUCGCUUUGGCCAGCUUCGAGUGCGAACCGCCCGACAAUAAUCAAGAGAAGGAAAGAUGCAAGAAUCUAAAGGCGGAUUCUUCGGCUACUUAAAUUAAUGACAAAUCAAAUUCCCAGUUUAGUUAUUGGUACGGCGUUACGAAUUUUAUACUUUUCGAUUUUCACACUUGUCAUGAGGAAGCGAUUGGUCACAAAUUUGUUUGUGGUAAUUAAAAAACUCGAGGGUGUAGUGAAUACGAGUUAAAACAAGAAAUGAAAAAUAUUAAAAAGCCUUUCAGUCGUAAAUUUAAGAGUUUUAAUCAAAAUAUUGAUUAGGUUGUAUUUUUUGAUGGAUUUUGAAACGAAUAUUUUUAUUUCAAUUCUUUUUAUGGAUUGACGGUAAUUUUAUUGCAACCCGCUAAUAAUGAUUAUAUUAAUCAAUUUAUAUAUUAACACGUACCAAUAAAAAUAGCUGAAAUUACUUAUAUUAAAUUAUUUUGAAUGUUCAUGUACAAAUGUUGUUGAUUUUUGGUUGCUUUAUUAUUCCAAUAUGUUUAACUGGUGUAAAUAAUUACGUGCGAUUUUUUUAUUAAUUUAAAUCGAAUUUUAUUUUUUUAUCAAACUGUUUGAGUUUAUUCAGCGCUUAAUUGUGAUUUUACAGUGUUUGAAUGUAUAGUAUUUGAUCGUGAUUUUAUGCACAACUUGUAAUGUUCCUUAAUUCUUAUCGGUCUUACUUUUUGAUAUUACAUUCUUUCAUUUAAAAGCGAUGUUCGUACUGGUCUUCGAACAAAUUUAGCUAAGAAUUUCUUGUAUCUAACCCAAGUAUUUUAGUGAUGAAGGUGUCUCUUUCCACUUAAAAGGAAUGAAUUCCCUAUACGCGAAUAAAACGUAAACGUCAAAGCGAACAGUAAUUUUAUCUUAGCAAUUUAUAACUUAUUAGAUAAAAAAAUGUACUAUUUUAUAUUUGUAUAAUUGUAAUUGUACUUUUAAUUGAACAUACUUAAUUUGUAAAUUGUUCUGUCAUAAAACAUGUCGAUUUGUAAUAAUUUUGUACCUCAGUAUUUUUUACAAAAUAUUUAUGUAAAACUGAAAUAACGUACUUAAACAUUGACCAAUGUAAUAACAGUAUUUGUGUUUAAAAAGUAUGAAGUAUUUAUAAUGCCAGGAAUAAAUAUUCACAGUUUGCUAGGGUAAAUCGCAACUUAAUUUUCAAAAUUCCUGUCUGAGAAGCCAAGUUCAUUUAAUCAUAUUACCUACAUUAAUACGAGAAAACUCGUAGUCGGCGUCAUAGCAAAGAACGCGAUCUACGAGUUAUCUCGUAGUUGGCAGUCAACGUGUUAAGUGUACAAGGAAUAGUUACGAUUUACUCUGCGCAAAAUAUCUCUCUGCACUUUCUUGCGACAUAUUGCAUACUGGAAGCUCGAAUGAUCGUGUUGAACAAUGUUUAGUUGAGCGAAUGUAAAACAUAAUGUGAUUUUUCUACUUUAAUUUGCAUUGUAGUUUAUAAUUACUCCAUGCUUGAUGCUCCACACUUAGAUAUUACAAAAAAAUGAAGACUUAAUUUUGUCAGUAUUCUAGUCAUUAGGUAAGGAUUGCAUUGCUAACGAAUGAUAUAAUGCACUCUAGCUAUUUAUAUGUAAAAAUAUUUGUAUUUACAUUGUUUUAUCAUUAAACAAGAUUAAAAGUAAUCAGCAUUGUGUUUUUUCUUCGCCUGAAAUUGUUGUUUCCUCCAA